GUGAUUAAAAUACGAAAUUGAUUGAAACGAAUUAAUUUGUUUUCAUAUUUCCCAAAAAAUAUUUAGUCACGAUGAGUACGACAAGGAUGAUUUCUGAUAACGAGCGCAGAUUUGUGGACUAUCUGAAUAGCUCUUUUAUGCCAUUCUGGCGCCGAACUGCUUUCGUUUACAAAUGUGAAUUGGCAUUCAGUAUAUUAAUUCUAUUCUGUGCAUUUGCUGAACUGAUUUUCUAUGAUUGUUUCGUGAUAUUUUUUCUGAUGAUCAUUGCUUCAUUCGUUUUCGUUCUUCUUUAUCUUGAGUUCUACUUCGGAAGUGUCUACAAUUGUCCAGCUCUUCUUCAUCUUCACACUUUGAGUGCUGCAUUCAUGUCAAUGGUUUGUUGGCUUUCAGUUCUUAUUCCAAUAUUUUUUGGAGAGUCUAUCUAUAUCGCAAGCCGUUAUGUUGCUCAUGUGAUUUACAAGUACUACGGUUGCCAAGUCAUAUUUGGAUCUCUACUUACCACAUUUGCUGCAGCUUCUUUUGCCAGACGUAAAGAGAUCAAAUCAGUGGAACUUUCUCAUGUAGACUACUUGAAGCGGUUGAUGAAAUUGACAUCGAAGGUUGCAGAAGAUGUGCAGAAAGAGGCCAAAUCUUUUGAAUUGGAACUGUUGGAUAUUCACUCUUACUCUUAAGUAAUUAUUUUUUAUUGUUUUAUAAUCUCAAAAACAGAUUGUUUAUUUCAACAAAUGAAACCCGUUUUACAUAUAAAAUUAUUUAA